AUUAUUUUACAGACGAAGGGAACCUCAAGCUUUGGUAAGCGACACAACAAGUCGCACACCUUCUGCAGAAGGUGUGGUAGACGAAGUUAUCACAUUCAAAAGAAGACGUGUGCAAGCUGUGGAUAUCCAUCAAAAAGAAUAAGAACCUAUAACUGGAGUAUCAAAGCUAAGAGACGACGUACCACUGGAACUGGUAGAAUUCGACAUCUUAAGGAUGUUCAUAGACGCUUCACUAAUGGAUUUAGAGAAGGUACAACUCCUAAGCCAAGACAGCGUGGAGCAGCAGCAGCCCCAGCCAAAUAGACAAAAGCAUUUGAUUCUGAAAACCUUUUAACAUGAUGGGCUUGCCACUUCUGGUGGGCUGCUAUACAUCCUCAUUUAUGCUUCAAGUGUAGUUUCACAUCAGUUAUUGAUAUUCUACUGAAUAAAUUUGGGAGAGUGAUGACUUUA